AUGAGGCGGUUAUUUGUAACCACUGCUUCUACGUUGUGUCGCUCGCUUCAUUGUACCGACACAAGAACUGGUGGGGCUGGUAAAGAGUCCACACCGGCUGAGGUGCAAUGCGAGAUGACGCUGCAAUGCAGUGAUGAGAGCGGGUGCUCCCCGUUUUUAAGUUCACUUUUGAGCCCUGUCGAGACAGUGCCUCUGCAUGAUGUCACGAGAACUUACUCGACGAUGGAUGUGGUGGACCCACCUGCUCGCUACAACCCAAUGGUCCCAAAUGUUGAACCGUCAUCUUCUUCGGCUGGUCACAUGGAGCAGAUGUUGGAGAACGAAGAGGAAGAAGGACCUGUUGCUUGCGCGCAUAAGAAUGGAAAGCUGUGGGGCGUGUUUGAGGGAUCCGAAGACAAUAAACCACCUGCUUGGUUUUAUCGACUAUGUAAAGAUUUGUUUUAUCGAACGAAUAGCGAAGACAAUAUGGAUGAUGCCGCGUUGGUAAGUGAUAUCGAGCCCAGUCAUUACAUUUCUUCCACAGAGAAUCUUCACAUUGACGGAUGUGAUACCACCCAACGGUCUGCUGAAGCUGGUACUGAUGUCAGGGAUGGCGUGGAUCCGUACGUAUGGAUUCCGUUCAACCUGCUUGAUGAGGCUGACUACCACGUCGGACCAUAUCGAUUCCCAAGUACGGCAACAUACACCCAUGAACAACGCACAUUGCUGUGUUUAGGGGACACCCGCCGGGAGUACGUCCACUUCUGCGAUUCCUAUGCAUUUCCCGGUCGCGCCCAGAUUCCGACAUCUGUCGGUACGUGUCCGUCAAAACUAUAUGUUAACCCGAAACAGCAGCAACCUGUUGUCUACAUUCAACUCAGCAAUGACAUUCCACCUGCUAUGUGGCUUCCUGUUAAGGGAACUGCCGCAUCUGUGCGGCGGGUACUGGCGGAGUUUGCUUCCAUGGCGGCGUUACAUAGGGACUGGCACCAUGACGAGUUUAUGGAACGCCACGCAACCGCGGUUCGAAUGCUAGAACUUCAGAGGCUACCAGCUGGAGAGGGAGAUAUCCUACGAUACAUGGCGUACGACGCACGGAACGCUCAAUUCGCGUUCGCACCCAUCCGUGAGUUUCCCAACCAACAGGAGUUUUUUCUAGGCGAGCACGACGAUCCCGAGAAGCUGAUGGAGCAUGUCGACCUCUGUCCGCUGUUGUUUGCCAUCCCGCAUAUGCGAACUGUUGUGGAUUUGCACGCUGAGCACAUGAUACCGACAAUCGCUGGACCCGGCGUUGCUACAUCGCUCUACCGCUGCAUAUACUCCAAGGCGCUCCUGUUUGUGCAAGUACAUUUAUCAUCAGAGGUGAAGCUCCCGCCGCAGGAUCCGGAAGCUUUCAAGUUCAUGUGGAAGGACUCCCAGGUGUUACCGAAGAUGCGCAUCCCGGUUUUCGUUCGUGUCGUGUGGCCGACUAAUGAACGAAUGAGCGGUGGUGGAGGACUUCUGCGACGGUUUAACCGCCUGUUUGGCACAGAGUUUGCUUCUGACAUCCCCGUAGAUGCGGCGAUGGCAUUACUGUACGUGAUGCAAUGGUCUGGGCAUAUUAAAGACUUCCUUGGUGUUCGUGGUAUGAGGCAGCGUCUGGCUGAUCUGCUGCUUGCGUCGCAACAACCAGAACCGACAAAGUUGUAUCCGGGUACGAGGGAAAUACCAAACCCGGAAUACACAGUGGCCGAGCGCCUUGGCAUGCAUGUGCAGUACCUCGCUCAGCUGCACGACCCAGAUAUUUCUCUCACGAUUCAGAGGCUGCUACCGGUCGCUUCAGCACCAGUCCGCAUGGGCUGUGCCAAAGCAGCUUUAAUAGCCGGCGAUAGGGAAUUGUUUCGGCAUAUUGUGAGCAGUGAGCCACCAGGGCGUAUGCAGACAUAUAUGACAAAAUUGGUGAGGAAGCGGAAGACGCGGGAUUUGGUUGAUGCUGAACCGAGAUUACUGGAGGACCAAUACGAGUUCGCCGCCCCGCUAUGGACGAAGCGGGGCAAACGUCUCGAUAGUAACACUUUGGAGGGUGUUGUGGAGGCUCAAUCGAGACUCAGCGGAUAA